UUUCAUAUAUGUCACAGUUUUUACACUUCGGUGCCAUUAUAUUUAACACUUUUGCACUGGAAACACUUUUAGACUUGAAUCGCAAUUUUUCACUGUUAACGUAAUCGAAGACGAAAAUGUUUCGAAUGCCGCUUUUUUACGACAGAGUUGUAGGUGGUGCAUUAUGCAGGGUAAGAUGACGUGCAAAUAGCUGCCGCCAUCUUGACGAAAUAUUUUCGUGGAAAAUAGUAACAGUUAAAAUUAUUAAGAAGAUUAUGUUGAAAAAGUCUUUUCAUCAGCUGUCAAAAAGGAGACCAUGGGAUUAUUUGUCAAUUUUUAUGGUGGUAAAUCAGAUUAACGCUAUUAAUACUAUUACUGAAGAAAUAACACCUUCAUUACUUGCAACAAAUGACAUUAACAUAAGUGAAGAACCGAAUUGUAAUCAAAUUAUAAAUCAAGAUGAUUCAGAAAUGAGAGAAAAACAUGAUGAGUCAACUGAAGGGAAUAGCAACGACUAUGAUGCCAGAACUGUAGAACACGAUGAAGAAAAUAGCGCCAGAAAUGGAAUAGAAAUUUCUAGACUGGGUGCGAAUCACAAUACAAAUGACAAUAACGGCAGAAUAAGAGAACAACUGAAAACGAUGUUCACAAGUUCCGAGUAACAAAUGAAUUUUUAGGUUGCUCUGAAUAUGAUUCAUAUUCCCCAAUAGAACCAUUAAAAUAUCUGUAUCAGAACAUCUUAUUACUACGUUAACAUCGGUAUUCAACUGACAAAUGUGGAUAACUAUCUUUGUAUUCGCUUCUUCAUCAGCUGUACAAUUGAAAUCUUGCUCUACGCUUCUCUCUAUUUUUUUCAUUAUGUUUUUCAUAUUUGUAGCAUACGUUGUGAUUAAUGUAUAUUGUUCUUUAUCCUAUAAAAGGCGCCAUGUAAGCAUUUUCCCAAUCUUG